AUGAUUGUUAUAGUGGACCUGCUGCUGAUGCUCAUCGACCUAACCUACUCCAUCCUGACCGCCGUCAUCCAGACUUUCCUCCGGCCGAGGCUCAAGUGCAUUGAUGGGGAGCUCUGUCUGAUAACGGGAGCCGGGGGCGCGCUGGGUCGCCUGUUCGCCCUGGAGUUUGCCAAAGAGGGAGCGCACCUGGUGCUGUGGGACUGCAACGCCGCUUCCAACGAGCAGACCGCCAAGCUGACGCGGGAGAUGGGAGUUCAGGUGCACACGUACACAGUGGACCUGUCCAAGCGUCAGAGCAUCUACGAGACGGCGGACAGGGUGAGAGCGGAGGUUGGGGAUGUCUCCAUACUGGUCAAUAACGCUGGCGUGGUGGCCGGGCGGAGGCUGCUCGAUUGUCCCGACGAGCUUUUGGAGAGGACUCUGCUGGUGAACUGCCACGCGCUCUUUUGGAUGACAAAGGCUUUCCUGCCUCAGAUGAAAGCAAAGAACCACGGUCACAUCGUAACCAUUGCCAGUGCUCUCGGAUUAUUCAGCACUGCAUGUGUAGAGGAUUACUGUGCAAGUAAAUUUGGAGCUGUUGGUUUCCACGAGUCACUGACACACGAGUUGCUAGCAGAAGACCUGGAUGGCAUCAAAACUACUUUAGUCUGCCCUUAUAUCGUAGACACCGGGAUGUUUGCAGGCUGUGAGAUCAGGAAGGAACUCAGGAGUCUCAUUCCACCUCUGCAGCCCCUCUACACCGUGCAGCAGUCCAUGAAAGCCAUCUUAGCCGAACAGCAAAUGAUCUGCAUCCCUCGCCUUAUGUACAUUCCCUUCCUCACACGAGCAUUGCUACCUUGGGAGGCAAACGUGGCGACAUAUCGCUUCAUGGGAGGUGACAAAUGCAUGCUACCCUUCAUCAAGAAUAUUGAAAUGAAGACCACCAACGGACACAUCAAAUCCUCCUAA